AUGGGCCAUAUCCGCAACGUAUGCCGAAUGCCCAAGUGUAACCUUAUCGGUUCCCAUAUCCCAACAGCAGAUGAGAAUUCAAGCCCAAUCUACACGCUGCAGACCACUGAACCCAACGGCCAGUUCGUGUUCGCCCCACUGAGGUUCGAGUCUGGUGUGGAGCAUCGAUUCAUCAUGGACACAGGAAGCAGCGAAUCUAUCCUACCGAACUCAGCACUCACUGCGAUUUGUCCUAAUGCUGUUCUAGCCCCGACUACUGUGCGCAUUGAUGGGGUUACUAGCCAUCAGUUGCAAUUACUUGGCGAAACGAUGUUGUGUGCUCAAUCUGAAUCCGGUAUGUUAAUCCCAAUCCGAUUCCUGUGUUCCGGUAACGUUGGUGGCAUGAAAGUACCGUGGGUAAAGUUGGAAGUGGACGGUGAACCUAUUUUCAUAAAACGACGGAUCCUUCCAUACGGUCAACGGGAAGGUGUCCUGAAAGCAUUACAGAACAUGGAGCAGGAUGGUGUGAUAAGUAAAGUUGAAUCCAGUGCCUGGGCGACCCCGAUCCUCGUGGCCAUGAAGUGA